CGUAAACAAGUUUAUAAACAAAUAAUUGUAAACAAAAUUAUGAAUACGAAACUGCUAUUAGAUUUAUCACUUUCUGAUUUUGAUUAUGUGUGUCGUUUAUGCUUAGCGAAAGAAGAUUUAAAGCCAAUUGGAUCAAAAAUUAACGAAUUUUUAAAAAAUUCAUUGAAUAUUGAGGUUAAUUUAUACGAUAAUAUGCCAAUGAAUGUAUGUUUAAAUUGUGAAUUGCAAAUUGAGCAAAUCGAAGAGUUUACGAACUUCUCGAAAUUGGUCGAUUCCCAUUUAAAACAUCUAUUGUCAGUGAAAGAGGAACAAUCUUGCGAUAUUGUUGAGUCAGAAGAAGAAAACGAAUCCAAAAAAGGCUGCGAAAGAGGAAAUAUAAACGAUGAAUGUACGAAUUGUGAAUGCUGCCCGGAAUUAUUUACAUCUUCAGGCAAUUCACCUAAUCAUAAUAAAAAUAACACUUCUUGUAAAAAAAAGAAAUUUAGAUGUAUCCACUGUGAUGAAUAUUUCGGAUUUCAUUAUGAAAUGAAGGCCCAUAUCAAAACACAACAUCCCUGUAAAGAGCUGUAUGAAUGUAAAAUUUGCAACAAAAGAUUCAAAUUUUCUCAAAAUCUUCUAAGACACCACAGGGCUAUUCACCAGGGAAUAAAACCUUAUAAAUGCGAAGUAUGCAAUAAAGAAUUUUCCCGAUUAGAAAGGAAAGUUCUCCACGUUAAAACACAUUCUUACGAAGUCCCAGAAAGUUUGGUUUAUUUCUCAUGUAGAAUAUGCAAAACAUCUUUUACUAGUCGCUUGGAGCAUCAGCAACACCUUCAAGAACAUCGAAUGAAACAAGAGAAAUUAGGCACCAAAUUUCCUUGUGAAAUAUGCGACAAGGUAUUCACAUCGAAAUACCUUCUACAAAGACACAUGGACAUUCAUAACGGCAAAAAAGAAUUUCUUUGCACAGUUUGUGGCAAAGCUUUCAACAGAAAGAGCUAUUUAAAUAGCCAUUUGAAAAUCCAUACGGGAGAGAAACCGUAUGAAUGUAAACAAUGCGGAAAAAAGUUCAGACAAUCAUCAUCUUACAAUACACAUUUAGUAAUCCAUACAGGAGAACGGUUGUAUAAAUGCAACAGUUGCGAUAAGAAUUUCAAACAGAAGACUCACUUGAAGCGGCACGAAUUGAUUCACUUCGGCGCCAAACCGUACAAAUGCUCUUAUUGCGAUAAAACCUUCGCGCAGAAUUCCAAUUUAAAGGCACACAUGCGAGUUCAUACAGGAGAGACUCCGUUUUGUUGCACGAAAUGUUCGCGUUCGUUCUGUGAUUCAGGAAGUUUGAAGAAGCACAUGAAAGGACAUAAAUAAGAUAUUGAUUAUGUUUAAGUUACAUUCCUGAGAAGUUAUAGGCCUUCAAUGUGGAAAAAUUGAAAAAAAAAUAAUAUCUCAUUGUCAGUAGUACUCAAACUUAAAACAACUAUAUUUGGUAUACAGAUUGAUUCAUUUUUCAUAGGUAAUUUUUAAAC